GCGCUGAUUGGAGGGGGUCCGGGACCGUGGCCGCGGGCGGGGCCGGACGGUGACCGGCAACAUGGCGGCCGCGCCGCUGCUGCGGGACCGUCUGAGCUUCCUGCAGCGGCUCCCGGUCCUGCUGAAGGGAACGUCCGACGACGAUGUCCCGUGUCCCGGCUACUUGUUCGAGGAGAUCGCUAAGAUCUCCCACGAGUCCCUGGGCAGCAGCCAGUGCCUCCUGGAGUACCUUCUGAACCGUCUGCACAGCGGCUCCGGCCGCGUGAAGCUCAAGGUGCUGAAGAUCCUGCUCCACCUGUGUGCCCACGGCUCCGCGGCGUCCCUGCUUAUCCUCAAACGCAACCCGGCUUUCAUCCAGGAAGCCGCAGUGUUCUCAGGGCCCCCGGAUCCUCUCCAUGGGAACAGCUUGUCCCAGAAGGUGCGCGCGGCUGCCCAGGACUUGGGGAGCGCCCUGUUCUCUGACAGCGUGUCGCCUCCACCUCCCUCCCAGCCGCCCAGGGCCCUGCCUCCAGCGGGCAUGGGCUCGCAGUCCAGACCCCAGAGCGCCCUCCAGGGCUUCGGCUACAGCAAGGAACGGGGCCACGUGGGCUCUGCGGGCGAAGCCUUCCUCUCCACCAUCCAGAAGGCUGCAGAGGUGGUGGCCAACGCUGUGCGUCCUGGGCCCGAGAGCCCCCGCACCCAGAGCUCCCUACCGCGGGGAGAUGCCUACCAGCCGGCCGUGACACUUUCAGCCAGCCACGGGGGCCCGGGUGCUGGGAAGCCGCUCUCUGGUGCCCUCCCGGGUGCCCGAGGAAGUGGUGCCCGGGAGGGACGUGUGAGGCAGGUCAGAGGCCGCCCGAUCUCACCCCCAGUCCCGUCUCGCACAGUCCUGAGACCCCAGCCUGGGCAGGCUGGAGGGGGCUGGGACGAGCCAGACAGCAGCUCCAGCUCGCAGACGUCCUCCCGGGACAGCGGAGAGCCGAGCAAGGCCUCGGACUCAGGCAGUCGGUCUGGCAGUGACAGCCCCUCGGCGGCCAGCCAGGCACCCAGCGACCUGGCAGAGCGGGUGGAGGCCGUGUCCCCGAGUGACUGCCGGCAGGAGCGGAGCCUGGUCCAGACUGUGACGCGUGGGCCACGUGCCUUUCUGAGCCGAGAGGAGGCCCAAUGCUUCAUCAAAGAGUGUGGGCUGCUCAACUGUGAGGCUGUGCUGGAGCUGCUGACCCGCCGCCUGGACGGGACCAGCGAGUGCGUGCAGAUGAGAGCGCUGGGCGCCAUUGCAUCUCUGGGGCACACCGACCUGCUCUCCCAGGAGCACAUCCUGCUUCUCACCCGGCCGCGGCUACAGGAGCUCAGUGCGGGCAGCCCGGGACCUGUGACCAACAAGGCCACCAAGAUCCUGAGGCACUUCGAAGCCUCCUGCCGACAGCGGCCCCCAGCCCGGAGGCCCCCGGCUGAGCUGGGCCCCGCUGCUGCCCCCAUGGGCCCGUCUGACCUGCUGACCGAUGCUGUGCCUUUUGCUGGGAGCCAAGCCUUCCUGCGGCCCCUGAGCCCCACCCUCCUGUCGCCCAAGAGCUCCGCGCGGUCCCCUCCCUCGGAUGGCUCCUCCCUCUCAGUUCACGGGGAGUCUGGGGAGGCGGAGACCAGACUGAAAGGUCCCAGAGAGCAGGGGGCCCCCUCUGAGUGGAGCCCAUUGGGCACAGGCUCCCCAAAAGGAUCACCAGCACUUAGCCGGGAGCCCGGCCACGGCCUGCAGAGCCCGGCGGCCAGUGGUGGCUGUAGCUCCUUGUUCGUCGGAAUGGAGCUGGUGGCUUGUCCCCGCCUGGUGGGGGCCGGGACUACCACAGGAGAGGCCCCCCAGGCCCCGCGGACGUUGUCACAGAAGGUGGCAGCGAGAGAGCCUCCUGGCCCAGAGUCGUCCGCUUUCCCGUUUCUAAACUCAUGACCUGGCCGGCCUGGGCUGCACAUGGGGUCCUCACUGCCCCUGCCCUGUAACUCCCAGGACCCCGUGACUUCGUACUGCCCUGUUUGCACACAGUCCCCAUGUCCCACUGAAGAGAGGUUCCCCUUGGGCGUCUGCUAUGGACCCUGCUCGCCCUCUGGCUGCUUCCUGUCGCUCGCAGAAGACGUGGGGCUGGCGGCUCGCGAGCCAGUCUGAGCCACUGGUCAAGCCUGGGUGAUGCGCCAGGCAGAGCCAGGCAGCACGUGCAAAGGAGUCCACAGGGGCCAGCUCCCAACCCAAAGACCGGCUCCCCGAUUUCCUGCAGAGGAACAUGGACGCCCUCACACACGGGCCCUUCUUGUGAGCGUGGUGGCCGCACAGGGAGAGCCGUGUGGGGUUCUAGGCAGAAGUAGAUGCGGAGCAGCUUGUCAGAUGGGCGGCUGGGGUGUGGACGCUGGGUCUCCCGGCACGCAGCCAUCUGCCUGGGGGGUUAGUCCCGUCUGUUUGGCCCCAUCUGCCGACGGGCCCUGCUCCCUGCGGCCAGAGGGAAGGGAAAGGGGAGCUGUGGGGCAGAGGGCACAGCAGGGCCUGCCUGGAGGGGACAGGAGGGGACCCUGCCUGGGUCCUCAGAGCACACUCAGGCACAUGGAGAGGAGGGGCCGGCUCCUCUGUGGGGGCCGCGUCGGGUGGGGGAACAGCCCAGGCCACAGCCCUUGCCACGCUGCUACUGCUUCCAAGUGACCGCAGAGGAGGGCCUGGUGCUGCCUCAGUUUCCAUCACAUGUCUCCUGUGCCGGAGGCCAGCUGUUUGGACUCGGAUCCCUGGAGAGCAGGCAGGCUUACAGCAGACCCUCGGCGAUGCCGGACCUCAAGGUCCCCUGGAGACCCGCACCUGCCUCCCAGAAACAAGGAUUCGUGUGGGUUUGGAACCACCGCUUGGCUCUUUAUUUCUGAACUCAGACCCCUGCCCCUGUGGGGUUAUAAGCAGGCGGGUGCUGUCUGUGAUGUCCGGUCACUCAAUGAGCCACGUGUGGCUGCUUCCCACUGACUGCCCGGGGAGGUCACGACACCUAAACGUCCUAAGUAAACGCUGGUGUGCACCCGGA